AGUCUACGGGUGCGUCUCCGCCUGAAAUUUCCCAAGACUCCGAGAGCGUCAGGAGUCAGAAGCAACAACACGGAACACGCUUCUUCACACUCGCGCGAACAGUCUUUACAUACUCACUCCGUCUCAAGACUAUCCACGCACCCAGAACAAUGGCUUCUCAAUCAUCCUCCCAAUCGCUCCCACGCACCAUGGUCGACCUCAGCUCUACGGCAACGCUUGUGCUCCUCUUCUGUGCCUCUCUCGUGCUUCUCAGCGCAAUCCUCAGCCCGAAACCGCUGCUGCGCUGGUUGCAGCGCAAGCGCUACCAGUAUGAGGUGACAUUCAGCUUGUACAUGCUGACGCCGACGGAGAAGUUUAUAUUUAACUCCUUUCUAUUCCUCUUUCUCAGCAUGAUCAUUAUCGCCGCCUCCCUCUACCUGCCCGAACACAUCACCACCAUUGCGCAUCGCGUGUUCUACUACUUAGCCGGUGACGAGCAUUCGAGUCUCAAGACUGUAGCUGCGGUGCAGCCAGUCAAGCAGGUUAUGGAACAUACCGUAGCAACGAGUGCGGGUGAGAUUGCAGGUGGACUCAUGGGAAAUGGUCGAGCGGUCAUGGAGGCGUGAUAAAGAGGCCGGAGAUAAUGAGAGGAUGAUUGGCAUAGUGUCUUGGAGAUUUCUACAGAGAGACUGCAUUGGGCGGCGUUUGGGACUUCCUCGAGGUCAAGGCAUAUUAUCGUUCAGAACUGAGACUCAGAAAGCUUUCUGGGAAACCAUAAUAUCAUGAGCGCUAACUCGAUAUCAUAAAAACUUUUGUAACUCUAGAUAUGUCAGGUGCAUGCUACCGUCUUUUGAUCAUCCUUGCAAAUAACCUGUCAUUCGAAUGACCAAUGAGGUAGGUAUUUUCACACUCAGAACAUAACUCUCUCCGGGUAAUUAUGGAAC